AUGAACUCUAUUGGGGGCCCCGGGGGCCCCAAUCCCCCCCUGGGCCCCUCUGCAGCUCAGCCCUCCCCUCCCCUCGCAGCUGUGGGGGCCCCCAAUGGCCGACUGUCUGUACACAAGGCAGCAGCCCCCAGGGGCUACCCCAUGGACGCCGUGCUUCUCCUUUUGCUAAGAAGACUGCAGCAACAGCAGCAGAAGCUGGUGCGGCAACUGCAGCAGCAGCUGCAGCAGCAGCAGAAUUUAACUAGAACUGGGUGCCUUCCCAAUACAGACGGAGGAGGAGAUGUAGAUACACCCGAGGAAGGAACCGAACAGCGCCUGUCUGCCCCUCCUGCUGCAGCAGACGGCCUCGAGCGUACAUUGGACAGAGACCCCAGCGGGCAGCAGCACCCCACUGGGCCUGGGGCCAGCCCUUCGAGGGCCGAGGUUCAGUCCUUCUUCUCCUUCUUGUUAGCUUCCAUGUCUCCUCCGUUUGCGCAGCAGCAGCGACUGCAGCAGCAGCGACUACAGCAGCAACGACAGCAGCAGCAGCGACAGCAGCAGCAGCGGGUCCUACCGAGUCCCGGAGCAGCAGUAGAUGGCGUCUUGUUUCUCGCGGCAUGCGCAGUGUCUCCCCACUGGGUUUUAACUCUGAACAAAGUGCAGCAGCAGAAACAGCAGCAACAGCAGCAGCAGCAGCAGCAGCAGUCAGACUGGGUGCUGCUGUGCAACCCCUCUACUAAUGCACACCCGCCGUUUGCCCUUCCUGCGGAGACCCUCACUGCCUUCUUCGUUUUCCUCCGACAGCUUCUCCCUAGAUUGCCGCCGUCUGCUAUUACGCGUCUUAUAGCUCCUCUCUUUGUCCUGGGCCGUUCGAUAGGUGUGGCGACCCCACCGUCCCCAGAUGUGCCUGAAGAGGUAAAGGCGCUGGCGGAGGCGUUGCUGCUGCUGCUGCAGGGGGUGCUGCAGCGUGCUGCAGCAGAGGCCCCAACACUGCCGCCAGGGGAAACAGUACAGCGGGUUUCAACAGCCUGCAGUGCACUCACAGACUGGAGCAGGAGGCUGUCUGGCCCCAGCAGCACGCUGCUGCCGCUGCUGCUGCUUCGGGCCCCUAGCAGUGGACAGGAGUCUCUACAGGAGGAGGACAUACUGCUUGAAGCCCGGGAAGCAGGGGCCCCUGGGGGAUCUGCUGCUGCUGCACUUGCUGUGGCGUUGCACCGCAACGGGGCCCCCGUUGUGCCUUGGGAUAUCUUGCUGGCCACCGCCAGCCUCAUAGAAGCAUCUGCAACAGCAGCAACUCGCGGGCUGCAGGGCGGUGUUGCACCGCCUCAGCAAAUGCCUGGAGUUGUCGACGCCCCGAUCCGCCCGCACUCGCAGCAGCAGCAGCAGCAGCAGCAGCAGCAGCAGCAGCAGCCUUCGAAGCUCCGGGCGUUUCCACCGCAGCAGACACCUGCUGAAGAGCUGCGUGAACUGGUGACGGCGAGGUCCUCCUGGUUGCCUGUGUAUUACAUGCUGAUGCGGCUGAGUGGGGGCAUUUGGCUGCCUUCAGUGCAGCAGCUAGCAGAAGCUGCAGCAGCUCAGGGGACGCGUUUGAUUGAACUCUUCAUAUCACAGCAAGAACAGCAGCAAAAGCAGCAGCAGCAGCUCAGGGGACGCGUUUGA